CAUUAUCGCUACACGCUUUCCAGUAGUAGCAGUAGCCAUGAGCUUCUCAAUCGAAGAAAGAGGAAAACCCAACACUCUGAGCUACAGGGUGUUUUACAAGAACCAAGAUGGAAAAUACAUUUCACCGUUCCAUGACAUCCCUAUCUACGCAGAUGAAGCCCAGAACAUUUUCCACAUGGUUGUGGAGGUACCCCGAUGGACAAAUGCAAAAAUGGAGAUUGCCACAAAGGACCCACUUAAUCCAAUAAAGCAGGAUGUGAAAAAGGGGAAUUUGCGUUAUGUGGCCAAUGUUUUCCCAUAUAAAGGAUACAUCUGGAACUAUGGUGCAAUUCCUCAGACAUGGGAAGACCCUGCCCACAAAGACUGUGAUACUGAAUGCUGUGGUGACAAUGACCCAAUUGAUGUCUGUGAAAUUGGCAGCAGAGUAUGCACACGAGGAGAAGUUAUCAAAGUGAAAGUCCUGGGUGUACUGGCUAUGAUUGAUGAAGGCGAAACUGACUGGAAAGUUAUUGCAAUCAAUGUUGAUGACCCAGAAGCAAAAGACUUGAAUGAUAUUACUGAUGUUCAGCGACUCAAGCCAGGCUACCUUGAAGCUACUGUGGAUUGGUUUAGACGAUACAAAGUACCAGACGGAAAGCCUGAAAACAAGUUUGCUUUCAACGAAGAGUUUAAAGACAAGGACUUUGCCAUUAAGACAAUCAAAAGCACACAUGACUUCUGGAAGGCACUUAUUUCACAACCGGCCAGUUCAGGAGGUCUGAGCUGUAAAAACACUUGUGUGUCGGAGGCAGGCAAUCCAUUCUGCUUCUCGCUGGAGGAUGCAAAGGCAGUUGUUGAUGGCACUUGUCCCUGUGGUGAUGCAGAAUCCAUUCCAGACUCAGUUGACAAAUGGUUUUAUUAUCAGAAGUGACAAGAAAAGGCCCAAUCUUCAUGGACCAGUCUGAUUUAAUCCAAUUGGAGUAUGUACGCAUAGACAGAAAUGAAUAAUUUAACAUGUAUGGAAGCUUACAAUUAGAGUAGUAGGGAAAAGUUAACACAUCUUGCUAAAUAGAUAUAUUUUUCAGUUCAUUGUGUAAGUAUGCUAUGGGAUUGCAUACAGUUUAUGAUUCUUAUGGAAAGUAAGCAGUCUGGUCAAACUCAGGUACUGGAAGGUUGUUGAAUCAAUAAAGUUUUUCCCCACU